AUGUAUGCUAAAUGGCGAAGGACAAGCCAACAAAAACAUCCAGAUCUUUCUUUACAUUUUUAAAAUGAAACUAUUACAAGAAGGCAUUCUUGUUAUUGUGAUUAAUGUGGUAAGUUAAGUUAAUUUUAACAAAUCCAUUAAAAUAACGAAUGGGUUCCCUAACAUAUUUAAAUUAAUGAAUCUAAAAAAGAAAUUCAACAAUAGAUGAUUUAGACAGAUGAAAAUUAACAAAUCAGUAAGAAUUCAAGAACAAUGUCUACAUCAAUAAGCAUAGCUCCUUCACUCUAUAAAAAUUAACCCCAAAAGCCUAGACGUAAUAGUUGUAAUUGUUCUGAAUGUGGACCAAUGUCAUAAUUUCAAAUAGAGCAUAAAGAUGUUCCUUUUUAAAAGAAAAAAAAAGCUUCAAAGCUUUUUAUUAUAAAAAGGAAAAAUCUUAUUCAUAGUCGAACAAUUCAACUGGAAUAAAUGUAAAGUAGAAGUAGGAUUGAUCCAAAAUAAUUAAUUUAGUAGAAAAAAUAAAUGAUGAGUUUAAGACAUAUUGAUGUGUAACAUCGAAGACUUAAAACUGAAUGCAUGAGCUAAAGUUAAAUUGUUCUUCCUGCAAUUAAAGACUUCUCAUGCAGAUAGACGAAAAGAUAAUUGUGA